AUGACGACACGUAAUCGCUGUGUCCGCCGUGCCGUCGGAUGCGCACUAGUAGCCAUCGUGACCGCCGCCGUGUCGGUGGCCGGCAAACCACACCAGUCCUUCACGCAGGACGACUACGCAAGAGCGAUGCUCGCGCAAUACUUCCCUGCGGCCGCGUCAUCGAGUGUGAUCGAACUAACACCCACGGAACUACCCGAACCCGCUUCCUUCCGGUCUAGCAGGUCCGACGACCGCUGGACCGGCGCUUUAACGCCGUCCGUGCUCAUCUCCAAACCACCACCCGCGGUAGCCAAACCGCCGCCACCGGCCGCCCACGUGGUGGACGGUGUGCAGCCUAAACACGGCGUCGCAGACGUCCACGCGGCUGUGGCGGCAGUGGCCGUGCCGUGCAAGGCGGCCGUCGCCGACGGGGCGCGCGCCAACGACACGUCGUCCGCGGUCACUGUCGAGAAACUGGCCGCGUUCUACGAACAGCUGAAGAGCCAACAGGAGACGCUUGCCCGGCAACAGUUCCAGCAACAACUGUAUGAGCAACAACAGCGCCGGCAGCAGGAGUUCGCGCUCGUCCAGCAACAGAUCCAACAGCAGUACUACCAACAACAGCAGCACGCCAUACUCAUGCUGGACCAGAUGCGCAAGAACCCGGCGUUCGUCAGGCAGCUGGCGGCGUUCGUCGACCACAAGACCGCGACCGGCGCCCAUAACGGGACCUCGGCCGAGCAACACGUGGCCGCGGCUCUACCGGAAGUCGCAGGCGGUAGCUGUAACAAGGGACCGCAGCCGCUACGGGAGAAGGACCAGACCAUUGCCAACCACAUGGACGUGGGACGGGACGACUACGCGGACGAUGAUGGCGCCAAGCAUCUAGACGCCAGACAGGCGGCCCGGCAGUCGUUCGCCUCCUCCUCCUCCGACGGACACCGAAAGGCGACGACGUUCCACGAUGAUGACGGCGACGACGACGACGACGACGACAGCGAAGCCGAUCUCUCGACCAAGUCCGAAGACAGUCAGACCAGUGCGGAGAAGGAAUAG